AUGACAGAGAUCGCGUCGCCCAGCCCAACACACGCACACCCGCCUCCAGCUCCCGCUCCUGGCGACCAUGACGACAAACACCCCAACACAACAUCAUCCACUACGCCCCCCCGUUCUCGAGAAUCCGUCGGCCCCGAUCAGCUACCAUCUGCGCACACGACUAAUGGAGUUAACGGCGACGCCAAAAAUGAAAGCGGCGGCACGACGGAGGAGCAGCCACAGAACAGCGUCGAAGCCCCACACGCGGACUCUGGCGAUGGCACUGGUCGCAACGGUGCCCGCACCGCGAGCGAGGUAGCCGACGCACAGGAGGGGCCGCCUCCAAAACGGCGUCGGGUCCGCGACGCGACGCCGAGUAGGCCCUCGCGCCGUCACAAACCCGAUUCGCCGCCAUGGAAGAAGGUCGAAGCCGAUGGACCGUCGACCUUCAUCACCGAAGACGGCCGCCGCAAGUCUGGCCGCCUGAACGCCGUACCCCUCGAGCUGCGAGAGAGCGACAAGCGCAUAACGCGUGGAGUAUUCCACAGUCAGCAACCGAAUUCGUCCAAGGCGACGCACGCCACGGCCAAUGGCCACGCCCCGAACCAUCCCUCAACCCCCGCAUCGGCGUCUCACAAGCGGGCGGCGACGUCCUCGAGCAAACAGGGCUCGUCCAAGGCUCCGGCCCCGACCUCGGCCUCGCGCAGGCCUGCCACUGCACAGGACUCGAAGUCUAGCAAUCGCAAUCGGCGACGAUCACCCUCUCCCAAGCCAUCCCCCAAGCGGCAUGCCACCACUGCAAAACAGCCCGCCAUGGGUACGCGUCGUUCGGCGCGUCAUCUGCGAGAUACCGAAGACGAUGCUGAUGAGAUCACGGCACGCAGCACUACCCGGAUCAAGCUUAGGGUGCGACCGCCGUUGACCGAGCUGCCACUCGUGCAUCGCGACCAGGCCUUUGUGCGUCCCAAGAUUGGCCCCACCUUCGCUGAAUGGUUCGAGAAAGCUGCCGAUAUCCCUGUCGAACAAGGUGGCUUGUAUGUGCCUUCAGAAGAUGGUCCAAAGUACACGGAUGAAAUGGCAAGGGAGGAUGCUAAGAUCAUUCUGCGCGUCGAAAAGGAGGUGGAGCCUGGCGGGAUCCUGGCUCCGGACAGAUGCUCUAUAUUCGAGCCUGAGCCCCCAGAGGAGCCCCCGCGACAGUGGGCACACAUGGAUCAUCUGGUUAAGCAGAUGGCCAACUUCCGCCGGCUCAUGCUACAGGAGCAACAGCGUCAUCGUGCGAUUGCGAAGCGUUUGGCGAUUGCUUGCGAAGCAGAAUGGAAACGACGGAAUCCACAACCGAAGACAGCCGAGGAGAUCGAGCAAGAAGAGAUCGAGAAGAGUAAGGCCAAAUUGCGGCAGGUGAUGAAGACAUUGGUAGGGACGUGGGAAAACGUGAGGGCGGAAGUCAAUCGUCGUCGGUUGGCAGAAUGGGAGGCGGAGGAGCAGCGUCGGGUCAAGGCAGCCCUUAACGAGGCUGUCAAUCUGUCUGAGCAGAAACUUCAAGCCAGACAGGCGCACUUCGAUGCUUUCGAGCCGUCCGAGGAAGAAAUGGAGGAUGAACACGAGGAGGAUCUGCUGACUGAUUCCGCAGAAGAAGAGGGUUCGGAUGGAGAUAGUGAGGCUUCCGAGGAUGUUUCCGAAUCCGAAUCCGACAUGAUGUCUUCCUCGGAAGAUGAGGAGGAAGAGGAAGACUCUGUAAUAUCAGACGAAAACCUUACACAAGAAGAAUUGAGAGCAAAAUACGCCAAUCUUCCCGACCUCAAUAAUUCUACCGAUUCUAAUGCCGAAUCUGAAGCACCCCCUGAUACCCCUGCUGCCGACAAUCCAGACAAUGAGGACGAGACCAGCGACGAGUCGAUCGACAUGGAUGAUGACCUCGGAUCAACCAUGGAUGAGGAAGAGGACGAAGACGACGAGUCUGACGAGGAAGAUGAGGAAGAGGAGAGUGAGGAAGAAGAGUCUGACGACGAGCCCUCCGGGUUGCUCGGACUUUUCUUCAACAAGGCGGAGCUGAAAAGGCUCAAGGAGGAGGCUGCUAAAGAGGAGGCGACCGAGGAAGUGGUGCCCGAUGAACAAAGGUCCCAAGAACAAGAAAGCCAUGGCCCAGUGGAUGUUGAAAUGGUUGACGUUGAUGCAGUGACCGUUGCAGAGCCCAUAUCAAAGGCCGCAGCGUCGACAGACAGCAUGGUUGGUGCCGAUGAGCAAAAUGCUGCCUUGACCCAAGUUUCGAAAGCGUCAAUGGCAGAUAACACAGCCAAGCCUUCCCGAGAAAUUCGGGAAGAGCAAUCCGACAACGCGGCAUUGGUUUUUGGGGAGCGGUCCGAACCCAAGCAAGAGCCUUUGGACGACGUCGAUAUGAUCGAUCUUCCCGAGGCUGAGGGCCCUGAUGCUGCCGCCUCGACACUUGAAACCAAUUUGCCUCCAACUACGCAACACCCAACUCCGGAAACCGAGCCAGUCACUACUAUUCACAGUCCGUCGAGAAGCCAAUCACCCCGCCCAUCGGAUGACACCAAGCCCACGGACAUCGAGACGCCGGCGUCAACGGCUCUUGUCAACCAGCCGAAGCCGAAUAGUCGGUCGGCUUCCCCCCAGCCAGCACCUCCAAGAACUGAGAUCCCUUUUCUUUUGCGCGGCACGCUGCGUGAGUAUCAGCAUCAUGGUCUGGACUGGCUCGCGAGUCUGUACGCGAAUAGAACAAACGGCAUUCUUGCCGACGAAAUGGGUCUUGGCAAAACAAUCCAGACUAUUGCCCUCUUGGCACACCUGGCAUGCCAUCAUGAAGUAUGGGGACCACAUCUUAUCAUAGUGCCGACCAGUGUCAUGUUGAACUGGGAGAUGGAGUUCAAGAAGUGGUGUCCAGGAUUCAAGAUUCUCACCUACUAUGGCAACCAAGAGGAGCGGAAGAGGAAGCGUCAAGGUUGGACCAAUGAUGAUGUUUGGAACGUCUGCAUCACCUCUUACCAAAUGGUACUCCAGGACCAGCAAGUCUUCCGGCGACGUCGGUGGCAUUACAUGAUCCUUGAUGAGGCUCACAACAUCAAGAAUUUCAAGUCGCAAAGGUGGCAAACCCUAUUAGGGUUCAACACUCAUUCACGCCUGCUGUUGACUGGCACUCCUCUACAAAACAACCUUACAGAAUUAUGGUCGCUCCUCUACUUUUUGGCUCCACCGGAAAAUGGGGAGGGCGGUUUCGUUGAUCUUCAAGAAUUCCACAACUGGUUUUCCAGACCCGAAUCUCAGAUUCUUGAGAGCGGGCGAGAUCAAUUGGAUGACGAGGCCCGCGCCAUCAUCGCGAAGUUGCACAAGGUCCUCCGGCCCUAUCUUCUCCGUAGGUUGAAGUCGGAUGUCGAGAAACAAAUGCCAGCCAAGUACGAGCACAUCGAGUUUUGCCGUUUGUCCAAACGACAGCGAGAACUGUACGAUGGGUUCCUGUCUCGUGCCGAUACACGAGCAACUUUGGCAUCUGGCAACUACAUGUCCAUCAUUAACUGCCUGAUGCAGUUAAGGAAGGUGUGCAAUCACCCAGACCUCUUCGUCGAUCGGCCGAUCAUGACCUCUUUCCGCAUGUCGCGGUCCGUCGCUGCGGACUAUGAGUACAAGGAGCAAAUCGUGCAGAAGCGGCUGCUUGUCGAACAUCCGAUGAAGCGUGUCAGUCUCAGCUUCCUGAACAUGAUCCCGACUAUAUACGAGACCAUGUCGAAGCAAGAUGCCGACCGCAUCUCCCAGCUCAGUAGCCAUCGCAUCCUUCUUGAUCUCAGGGACGCACAAGCGGUACGAGCGAACAAUGCAUCCCGCCAAUUGGAUCCCACAACUGUCCAGUCCAAUCUUGUGUACCUCGAGAGUGUUGCACGCUGGAGCCGCUUUGAGGAACUACAACACUGUGUUUAUGUUAAUGCUCUUCGGCGCCAACAGCGACCGAUCUAUGGCAAGCGCCUGAUCGAAAUGCUGACUCUGAACACGCACCUUAGACCAUUCAAGCCCAGACCCAAAGUUCCGGCAAAGGUCAUGAGUUGGUUUGAAGAGGACUCGUGGCUGCUGCGCAACGCGAUCCCCACGCUCCAGCAACGAGCAGAUUCCAUGGAAAUGACUAUCACUAAGUUCGCCUGUGUCACUCCGGCUGUGGUGACGGGCGACAUGACUCGAAUCCUGCUGGGCAGAGAGGGUGUUGAGGCGUUCACGGAGCUCGACUUAAAGCUUUCAGCUCCAAUCAAGUACGCGCCGUACAUGCCGCCUGAGCGCCCCCCGGACCCGUGGCACGAAGCACGCAUGCGCUUAACAAUUCAGUUCCCUGACAAGCGCCUGCUUCAAUACGAUUGCGGCAAGCUGCAAGUGCUUGACAAGCUCCUCCGCAAGCUACAAGCCGAAGGCCACCGCGCCCUCAUCUUUACUCAAAUGACCAAGGUCCUCGACAUUUUGGAGCAGUUUCUCAACAUCCAUGGACACAAGUACCUCAGGCUUGAUGGCGCCACCAAGGUCGAGCAGCGCCAGAUCCUCACCGACCGUUUCAACAAUGACCCCCGCAUUCUCUGCUUCAUCCUGUCCACCCGUUCCGGUGGUCUAGGCAUCAACCUUACUGGUGCCGACACGGUCAUUUUUUACGACCAGGAUUGGAAUCCUGCGAUGGAUAAGCAGUGCCAGGACCGCUGCCACCGGAUUGGCCAGACACGUGAUGUGCACAUCUACCGACUUGUCAGCGAGCACACCAUUGAGGCCAAUAUCCUCCGCAAAGCGUCCCAAAAGCAGAUGCUUGACGAUGUCGUCAUCCAGGAGGGCGAAUUCACAACAGACUACUUUCGGAAACUGGCCGUCCGCGAUGUCAUCGGGUCCAAUGGCGAGGUCAUGCAGAAUGAGGAUGACGUUGCUGCGAAUGCGGCCAUGGACCGUGUCUUGGGAGGUGUGGAGAACACCAACCUGCGCAAUGUUAGUCGCGUACUGGAACAGGCGGAAGACAAGGAAGACGUUGCGGCCGCGAGAGUAGCCGAAAAGGAGAUUCAGCAGGAUGAUGUUGACUUCUUGGAGGCAUCGACUGCUGGCGUGGGCACAUCCCGUGAGGGGACCAAUGAGCCUGGGCAGUUGCACAAGGCUGCGCAAGAAGAAGGAGAGAGCGAGGUCGAGUACAACGCUUGGGGUAGCCGCAUGGGCACCAUUGACGACUACAUGCUCAAGUUCAUGACGGCACAGCUGGAGGGCACGCCGCUGGAUCUGCCUAAGGAUAAAAAGAAGGGCAAGAAGAAGGGUAAAGAUACCAGAAAGAGGUAG